CCCGAAUUAAAUGACUCCUUCCUCCCCCUCUCCCUCAGCUCCUCCUCCUCCUCCUCCUCUCUUCUUAAAUCCAUUUGUGUGAUGCAAUUCAACAAUCAAAACCCGUGCCAGUCAGUCAGUCAAUCAGUCUGAGUCAUUCCAUUUCCAUCUCCAUCUCCCUCUCAGUUUCCAUGUUGCCAUCAUCUUCCUCGUCUUUCAUUUUUUUUUAGUUUUCCUUCUUCCUUAUACCGUUAAUUAAUCACUAAAAUAUUCAAAAUCAGACACAGAAAAAACAAUUCUUCACCAAACCCGAAAACAUCCCAUUAAUUAUUUGUAAUCAGAAAUCGACACAGCCCCUUCGAUGAAUCCUCCUCUUUGUUACAUAAAAAAAAAGACUUACAACCGCUCUCUCCAUUGCCCUCCAGCUAGCUACCUCUGCACUCGUCUUUCUCUCCCAAAAGUAACUUGAGCAGCUUUUUCAAGAACUAGAGCAGGGAGGAAUCUUGAAGGACCAAAAUUCUUACUUAAUCCGAGAAAUCUUGAAGUGGCCGGCCGGACAAGCUUAUGCCCGUCGCGCGGCGACUCAAAUGAAGUGCAAAAAGCACGUCACCGACUUAAGCAGUGCUUUCGGCGUCUGCGCUUCUUGUCUCCGGGAGCGCCUCUUUGUUCUCAUCGCAGCACAAGAGCGGGCUCAACAGGCGGCAGCCGCUGCCGAAGAAGAUCGCCGAAAAUCGGAAGCUAACCCGCCUCCCUUAAUUUUUCCUCGUUCCGUUUCCCCGUAUAUUUCUCGCCGGAAAUCUGAUACGAGUGCGGAGACGUGGAUUGAUCCUUGCGGUCAGAAUCAUCAUCGUCAUGGCUUGUCCGAUCAUCGGUUUUAUAGUACUCCUCAAGUGGGGCCCAAUGGGACGUUAGUAGCCGCCGGUUAUUGCAGUAAGAAGAAGAGCGGAACCCGGUUUUCUUUGUUUGCGAAUCUUUUUAGAUCGAAAUCCGAGAAAGUGGAUACGGAUCAUGCCUCUUCGGGUUCGGGUCAGGAUGCUUGUACUGGGCCUGCAGCGUCUUCUUCGACGUCGUGGUUCUCCGCAAUUCUCCCCCGUCGACUGAAAAAACAGAACCGGACGUUCUCGCUUGAUGAGUCGACGAUCGGAGGACGUCAACGGAGAGUUUGCCGGCAUCCUGACCGUGGAAUGUCGCCGGCUAGGUACUCCGACGAGGAGGACGAGCAUUGUAAUAAUGGAUCGAGCGGAUACUCUUCCGAGUCUUCGCAGGCGUGGAAACAGACGCCGAGGAGGGCUCCGGCGUCAGUGGCUCCGGGGAAGCGAUGCGGCGGGGGAGGGAGACCAGGGCAGCACAAUAGGAAUCUUUCGGGGAUGACGUUUUGCUUGAGUCCAUUGGUUCGGGCCAGCCCGAGCCGGCAUUGGAACCAGAAGGGGGGUUUGCCGCCUGAAGUGGUGGUUCCAGGCGACAUUAGAGUUGUUCCGGUGAAGCCUCCUCUGACAAACGCGGCGUCGUUUUGCAAAAAUAGAUCGAGAAAGCUUGCUGAUUUUGGGCGGUUUCAUCACAACCGCUGAUGUAUUUGAUGGUUGACAUUUGACCAGGUCAACGUAUAUUGAUGUGUUGAUAUAUCCAAAGUACGGUUUUGCCCUCGCUGUAAUUCUCUGUAUACUUACUUAAAAUACCUGGAAAUUGAGGAUAUAACUUUUCAUUUUGA